GGAAGCGGAAGUGUAUUAUUUUACCAACAGAAUAGUAAUUUUUCUCUGUGCGUGUGAGAAAGGAAGAAAGGAGGGUAGCUUAUAGUGAAGUGGAGCUGGGUUUGGAAAAGGGCACGGGGUACUUUUUUUUAUAUUUAUAUUCGUCCAUUCUGCCCGUUCCCAUCUCAUUAUCCUGGCGAAAGGUUGAACAGUUAAAAUGGAGGCGGACAGAACCGGCGGAGGAUCUAACCCGAACUCCGGAGGCGGCGGCGGCAGCAGUGGAACGGGGCGCAACCCAAACGGGCCUAAAGCAGGACCGGGCCAGGCGACAUCAGCUGGUGGGACCGGGGCAAUGGCAGCGGCCGCAGCAGCAGCCGCCGGGGCCGUCCCCGGACCGUUGCAGCAGUCACGGGAGCCGCAGGACGGGGAGUCGGGGAUGACGCUUCCUGGGAUCCUGCACUUCAUCCAGUACGAGUGGGGACGCUUCCAGGCCGAGAAAUACCGCUGGGAGGCUGAGAGAGACGAACUCAGGGCUCAGGUUGCGUUUCUUCAGGGUGAGAGGAAAGGGCAGGAGAAUAUGAAACAGGACCUGGUGAGGCGAAUCAAAAUGCUGGAGUACGCCCUCAAACAAGAGAGGGCUAAGCACCAAAAGCUGAAGACAGGAAAUGACCAGAGUCCUGGGGACAAGAAACCAGAGACAGAGGCAGAUCAACUUCCCAAUGGGCCGGCUGAGUCAGAUUCAGAGCCAGCCAAUCAGAUGUCCUGGAAGGAGGGACGUCAGCUACUACGCAAAUAUCUCGAGGAAGUGGGUUAUUCAGACACCAUUCUGGACAUGCGUUCUAAGCGCGUGCGCUCCCUUCUUGGGCGGAGCAGCCCUGAAGCUAACGGGCCCCCACCCAGUGAAAGCUGUCCUGAGCCUGAGCCACGAGCAGGUGGAGAGUCCUUGUUGGUCAGACAAAUAGAGGAACAGAUAAAAAGGAAUGCGGGCAAAGAAAGCUCUAAGGAACGUGUGGGGGGUUCAGUGCUGGAUAAGAUCCCCUUCCUUCAUGGCUGUGAGGACGAUGACGAAGACGACAGUGACGAGGAAGAUGAAUUCCAAGGCAUGGCCACCGAUUGCAUGGAUGGCCCGCGCAAGAACAAAAAGUCUCGCGUGAAGAUGGGUUCGGAACCUAUGACCACAGAUAUGGACCCUGAAGACGAAGAGGACGAGGACGACUCGGAAGACGCCCUCAAUGAGUUUGACUUCCUGGGCUCAGGGGAGGAUGGGGAGGGGGCGGGAGAGGCCCGGAUCUCAGGGGAUGGACGGGAGUUAGAAAACCGCAGGAACAAGUUACAAGGAAUGAUGUCAGAUUUCCCCCCUAAACCUACCCCGCCCCCUUCUGUAUCCGGACAGGCUCGCUCUGGGGAAGGUGGUGCCCUGGGUUUCUCCUCUGAUGUCUUCAUCAUGGAUGCUGUUGGCGGAGGUGACAUGAACCUGGGAGAGCUGGCUGAUCUCACUGUUGCCAAUGACAAUGAUCUUUCCAUGGAUUUGCAGGAUAACAGAGAAGAGUUUAAAAAGACAUGGAACCCCCGAUUCACACUACGCAGCCACUUUGACGCCAUCCGCGCUUUGACCUUUCACCCGAGCCAAGCAGUGCUGCUCACAGCCUCUGAGGAUGGCACACUAAAACUCUGGAACCUCAACAAGGCAAUGCACUCUAAAAAGAAUGCGGCUUUGGACGUUGAACCCAUCUAUACAUUUAGAGCACACAGUGGAGCUGUUCUUUCACUGACGAUGGGUGAAGAUGGAGAGUCCUGCUACAGUGGAGGUCUAGAUGGAUCCAUCAGGUGUUGGAAGAUGCCAGACCUGAAUGUAGAUCCCUAUGAUAACUAUGAUCCUGGUAUUGAAAGCAGUGUACUAGCAGGCCACGAGGACAGCGUGUGGGGUCUGACUUACUCUGCAGUUCACCAUCGUCUUGCCUCAUGCUCAGCAGAUGGCACCAUUCGUAUCUGGGAUCCUCAGAACUCAUCCCCCUGCAUGUCUGUCUUCAAUAAGGAGAGAGAGCACGGAACACCCACCUCAGUGGCGUUUGUAGCCACUGAUCCCAACCAGGUGGUGGUGUCAUUUGAUGGCGGUGAGACCCUCCUGUAUGACCUCAACACAGAGCAGAGUGUCACUAUGCUAGAUACACAGACCAAAGAUGGCAGUGAACUGAUCAACCGUGUCGUCAGUCACCCUUCUGAGCCCAUCUCCAUCACUGCACACGAGAACCGCACCAUCCGCUUCCUAGACAACAAGACAGGUAAAGUUGUCCACUCGAUGGUUGCGCACUUGGAUGCGGUCACCUGUCUUACUACAGACCCUAAAGGCACUUACCUCAUCUCUGGCAGCCACGACUGCUCCGUGCGCUUAUGGAUGCUGGACAACAGGACGUGCGUGCAGGAGAUCACUGCCCACAGGAAGAAGCAUGAUGAGGCCAUUCAUGACGUGGCCUUCCACUCUUCCCAGCCCUUCAUUGCCAGCGCCGGCGCAGAUGCACUUGCCAAAAUCUUUGUCUGACAUCACUGUCGUCGUUCUGAGUCCUACAUCAAUAACUGGGCCAAAAAAGACUGAAGACUACAGUGGAUACAUUUCACCUGCUCAUACAUACACACACACAAUUAGUCCUGCACCCCACUGGCUGGGUCAUCGCCACAGGACGUCAACCAUCAACUUCCUCCCCCUCCGCUCCGAAAACUCCUCACAGUUCUCUAAUGCCUCAGUGACUUCUUGUAAUACUAAUCACAUCUUGUAAUGCUUUUUUAUAACUUUCAAACUCUGGCUGCUCUGUUUUCAAGUAAUCAUAUUUGGAGUAACACUUUUCUACACUACAAUAUUCUGUUCUUUUUUUUCCUUUCCUUUUCACAAAGUACUAUGUGUGUACGCUUGUGCGCUUCAAGUGCUUGCACAAUGCUUGCAUUUCACUGAGAGCUGAGGGGGAAACACUUGAUUUUAAAUUGUUUAUUUUUUUUAACAGUUGAAACAUUGCUUGUGGCUAACACACAUAUGUAGGCUUGACUUAAAGGAAUAACAGUUCUCGGCAUUGACGGAAAACACCUGACCUAACCUCUGCAUUGGGAAUCAAUGUGUUGCAUUCCAAAGACUCGGUGAGGAGGAUGUGUGUGUGGUGUUGGAGGAUGUUUGAGUUAGUCGUGUGUGCUGUGAGGAGGCACUAGAAAGCUGAAUAGUGUUGAUUGAACAACCUAGUUUCAUUGUAUGUCUGAUUGCUAUAGCGUCCCCAUGAUUCUGCCUCUACGUACGUGUGUGUGAGUGUGUGCGUGUGAUUAGAUGUCACUUAGAUAACUCUCACAAACGUAUUUCUACAGAUAUACAGUGUGUAUAGAGUCUCUCACACUGCAUGAACCAGCUUAGGAUGGAUAUGACUGAGCAUAGUUAAAGUCUGUAGACUAGAGAGGUGCGAGGCUGGUCUGGUGCUUUUUACUGUACAGAGGAGUGUAUGUGAGUGUGUGUGUAUGUUUGUAUAUGCACUAGUUCAACCACGGUGCUAUGAAAGACUUCAUCAGUCUUGAGUCAGAAUCAGGGACAUGUUUUGUGAGUGUUUCUCUCUCACUGGUCCACACGUGUACGUUCAGUAAAAUCAUCAUUCGUGUGACAUUUCGCUGUUGGAUCAUUUCAUUAACUGUGGUCAAAUUUCAGAAUUGACAGUCCAUCCUAGUUAUGUUUUUCAUUAGAGGGAUGUGCAUAUGGUCGGCUUUGAGUGUCUCCGGCUCGAGCAGUGCAUCGAGCUGGUAAUUAUUUUACAGUGGAGGAGCUCGGAUGAGAGAUUGUCUCUUUGAAGUCGGUGCCAGUUUUUUUGCAGGCUGCUCGCGUCUCAUGAUUGUUUUUAUUUAUUCGGGCUUUCACAAAAGCCUGACAUCACCUUUACUCAAGUGAUGAGGUGAGGAUUUCUUCUUCUUGAAUGAUGAACACAGGGAGCACAUUAGCUGCAGAACUAAUCUAGUGAAGCGUGUGUCCUCUUCCUGAAGAGGGAUGCUGGACGGGUUAAAAAAAAUAAACAAAUACUCCAUUUUAAAUUCAGCCAUACAAAAAAAGUGUUGAUUUAAGACGUCUGACUCAGUUUAGGAGGUAAACUGUCAACUUUUGGCUCAGCUGGAAGCAUCGUUAUUUUGAGACCCAUGUUUGUUGAUGUCCUGCAUUUGUGCUGUUGACUACAGGACAGUUUGUUUGCUUUAAGUUGCCUCUUCACAGCUGACCUCGUCCCAGAUUAUUUUUUCAUUACCUUUAGAAAACCUCUAAAAUCUGCACUCGGUUAGGCGUCAGCUCUUCAAGAUUACACACUGUGUGUCACACUGGUGGUCAGAUGACAGCUUAACUCUUUACCCCUUGAAAGCCUACUAGAGGUAACCCUUGAAGCGCUUUCCUGACUGAGCGGCCUGCUUAUAGAACAAAAUGACUGAGUUUGCAUCAGAGGUUUAUGAGGGUGGUCUCUGCCUAUUCAGCUACCCUUGGAAAAACCCAGAACUAUUCUAAAGGUCAUCAAACCACACCUGCAUCCACAUGUACUGAGGCGGCAAAGCUUCUUAUUAAGAAUACAGAGGAGGUCGUCAGAUGUUGUCUUUAUGGGGGAAAGAGUUAAAGUUGGCUGGAGCUAAACACUUUUAAUCACUGGUGACACUAGCAUUCAUAGUUCAUUUAUAUAUAUAUAUGUAGUGAGAGAUUUUUUUUUCUCUCCAAACAGAGUGGAAGACUGUUGUGUGAAAUUAGACAAGAUGUCACACUGCUGUUCCUUUGACACAAGUCUGUCAAAGACAACAACACGGGGCAACUACAUUAUUAUACUGCUGCUGGGCAUGACGUCCUAUUAUCACGUAUUAACUAUUUGACCCCUUGUUGCACUAUAUCUAAAAGUGAAUGCUUUACAUUACAAGAGGAUAGACAGGGUGCAGAAACGAUGUAUUCGAUCUGAAGCGAAUACUACAAACGUGGAACUGUUGCCGUUCACGGUUAUAUGACAGCGGGCGUUACUGACACUUUCUUCUCGCUCUGAGCUACUAUGUCCCCUGUCUGAGAAUAACGACAAAUCAGUGUGACACAUCAAUAAGAGGAAAACAAGAGGAACUCGAAGCAGAGGUUGUAAAUGAUGGUUAGAGUUGCCAUUAUGUGCUGUAAAUGUCCAUCAUUUCUUUGUUUUCUUUCAUUUUUUUCUCUCUCCUUUGGUUAUGAAUAUGAUUAUUAAGAUGUAAGAAUACUGUAGUAUCAUAAGUGAAUCAUUCUUCCUUGCUAGGCAUAGAACUUGCUUGUGAUUGAUAAUGGCAAUGUAAAACUUGUAAAAAAGCAAAACGAUUAAAAAACACGAAAAACAGACGAAAAGAAGAUUAAAAAAAAACCAAAAUCUGUUACCAGUCGGAGGCCAAGGUAAAGAACUCUCAUUUCUUUGUGUUUUUUAUUUUUUUAUUAGCAAUUUAUCACUGUGUGAUAUUUUGUACAUCAUAUUAAGCUGUAUUCAAACAAUUUCCUCCAACUACAAGGGAUAAGAGACCUGCUUUUUAUUAAUUUUGUUUUAUUAUAUAUUUUUGAACUGCAUUUUAGCUUGUAUCAAAUGACUUUUCUCUUUUUGUUUACGGGUCCCCUGUUGUAUGUCAUUAAGGAAGAAAAGACAAAAAAAUGAAAAUUUUGUACAGUGAA